AUGUCGUCCCAGAGCUCCAGCAGUUCCUCAAAGGAUACUUCCAAGAAAGAGUCCUCCGAACUGAAGAAGCUCCAUUUCGUUGCCUCCUUCGAACACCAGAAACUUCUCGAAGACGUCAGCAACAAGGCCUACGACCUCGGCGUCAAAGCCGGCCGUGAACAAGCCAAUCCACCCGACGACGAAACACAAGCCCUCAUCCUCAGCCUCACAGACCGCAACGACGAGCUGGAGAAGCAGAUCAAGGACCUUGCAACCGAUGCGCUGCUGGACCUUGCCAAGGACGUUCGCAACAAUGUCACCUCAGCCCAUCGCGCCGUGAGCUCUGCGACUCAUGCUGACGGUCUCACACGCAACUACUAUCGAAUUCUUAGAGAGUCAUGCAGUGAGCUUUCAGAGCUGGAGGAUAAGUGCAAGGAGCGGGUUGACAAGAUCUCGCGCGCAGCGAACAAGAGAGUCGGAGGCGCUUUGAAGCGUGAGGAUCUCCCCAAGCGCCCGUUCCUGGGCUAA